AGAAAGAAGUGAAGAUAAUUUCAACAAAUCUGAAAAUCCUCGAGAUCUAGUAGGACCAAAGACUCCAGCCUAGCAUUUAAUUUAAGGUGGAAAAAGGAGUUCCGGAAAGAAAAAUUGAAGAGGGAAAGUUCCGAUAACGUUACCGAAGCAGUGGUUGUGGUUGUGUUUGGGGCAUUUCCAAAGAAUGGCGUCCUCCUCUGCGAUUUUAUCAUCUUCUCUUCUUCCGGCCAGAGCUCCGAUCUGUAGCCAACAAGACGGCCGACUCUGUCUCUUUCAAAUCGGGUCUGUCCGUGCCAAUAACAGCAGGUCUCGUGUCCCUUUCAGGGUUCAGGCCGCAAAGCCUCCGGCUGGAGUUGAAUUGCCAAAAGUAGAGCCGAAAUUUGAAGCCCCGUUUCUUGGAUUCACUAAAACUGCUGAAGUCUGGAAUUCCAGAGCCUGCAUGAUAGGCCUCAUUGGGAUUUUCGUAGUGGAGCUGAUAUUGAACAAGGGUAUACUUCAGGUGAUUGGAGUUGAUGUUGGGAAAGGCCUGGAUCUUCCUCUCUGAUUCCCAGAAAAGUUUUGAACAUCUUGAGAUCCUUUGUGUUCUUUUAUUGAAAAAACAAAAACAAUGAAAUUGUAACUGUAAUACAGGACUUUCAACUGUACCAGAGAAUUCUACAAUCUUCAAGUUAUUGUACUUCAUAAGUAAUUACAUAA